AUGCUGUACGAUCUCAACAUCGCGUGGUCGCCCACGGCCACCACCGCCGAGCUCGAGCGCACCCUGAGCUUCAGCGCCUCGCUCGGCUACGACGUCGUCGCCCUCAAUCACAUUAUUCACCCGCCGAUACCUGCGCAGACGGUCAAUCCUCUACCGCGGCUGUCCCCUCCUGAUGAUUCUGCGAGACCGUCGACUUCGGCACCAGCACAGGCACAGUCCAAUGGCACGGGCGCGCAGCCAGCCGUCCUUCACCGAGCUACGGUGGUCAUGUCAGAUCCAUCGCAGACACACCGGCUCGUCCAGCUCGCAGCAGCCUACGACAUCCUCGCCAUCCGCCCACUGACCGACAAGGCCUUCCAGAAUGCCUGCCUCAACAUGGCCGAGCCGUCACUCAUCUCGCUCGACAUGACCCAGCACCUGCCGUUCCACUUCCGGCCCAAGCCGUGUAUGGCCGCCAUCAACAGAGGCCUGCGGUUCGAGGUCUGCUACUCGCAGAUGCUCACGGCCGACGCGCGCGGCCGAGCGUCCUUCAUCGGAAAUGUCAUAGAGCUCGUGCGUGCCACGAGGGGCCGGGGCAUCGUGCUCAGCUCCGAGGCAAAGAACGCCAUGGGACUGCGGGCCCCUGCCGACGUCGUCAACCUCCUCGCAGUAUGGGGCCUGGGGACCGAGAAGGGCAACGAGGGUCUCGGCAGCAUCCCGCGCAGCGUCGUGGUCAACGAGCGGGUCAAGCGGACGGGCUUUCGCGGCGUCGUCGACAUUGUCAAGGUCGCGCAAAAGCCAGAGGGUGCCACGGGGCAGGAAGGAGACGACAUGGACACAGGAGAUGAUGCUGGGGUCAAGAGGCCAAAGAGUAACGCAAAUGCCCAGGAGAAGAAGAAGAAGCGGAAGCCGGCGGAAGAGAACAACAGUGACGCCACUCGCGCAGAGCCGCCCAUGAGCAAGAGACAGGCGAAGAAGCUGAAAGCAGCA